GCGGGGUGGUGGUAACCAGUGGUAACUACUAACUCGGUGAGCGAAGUGGAUCACGUGACAUUUCAGAUGCUGCUGUUUUGGGAUAGAAAAGGGAAAAUAGAAAUCGAUAAAUUAUUUGGAUCAAUUAAUGAACGUAGUCGUAGGGCCUAGGCCUUGAGUAGUACGAUGAAUGGGCCUAGAAUAACCACGGUGUCUACCCAGCAGUAGCAGACAGGCACUCUUGCCUUGCAGCAGGUGAGAGGGGAAUCCGCAUGCAGCUCAUCCUGCCAAUGCUGGAGCAGUGAAAUUGUGUUUAUGUGUGUGAUAAUUCAGUACAGUACUGUUUAUGCAAACCUAUUUAUAAUCAAUUCCCAAUACUUCAUACAAGUUCAAACAGACGAAGAUGACGACAGAACAAACAUUAGUUGUUGAGUGAACGUUAAGAUGCCUUCAACAUCUGGUGGUUGUGGUGAGCAAGGUGGAGCCCUUCAUCUGGAUAAAUCUGAAUAUGUAAAUUCAGGUAGUCAAGGAGCUGAGCAGAUGGAGGCAGGUGGAGGUGAUGAGUAUGACGAUAGCAGCAAAUUUCAAAAUAUAAAACAGCCUCAAACAAGGAAAAAAACAAAGAAACGUAAAUCACUCAUAUCAUUAAAUGUCUCAGCUUCUAAAUAUGAAAUUGUACGAAAAGUUGCAGAAGAAUUUGGCAAUUUAACUAGUGCAGAUGAUGAUCCUGCAUGUUUCUUGUUCUGGAAUGAUACAGCAGUAUCUAAUGAGAGAAUAGCUGAAUUGAAGCCAUACCAGCGAGUUAAUCACUUUCCUGCUAUGGGGGAGAUCUGUCGGAAGGACUGUCUCGCAAGGAACCUAGCAAAGAUGAUGAAGGUACAUCCAGAUGAGUACAACUUUUCACCAAAGACAUGGAUCUUCCCAGCAGAGUACAGUUCCUUUCAAACCUAUGUGCGUGAAUUAAAGCGCAAGAAUAAGAAACGGACAUUUAUUGUGAAGCCCUCAAAUGGUUCUAUGGGACAAGGUAUUUCUUUGUUCCGGAAUGGAGAGCGAAUCCAACAGCAAGAUCACACUAUUGUUCAAGAAUAUCUAGAUAAGCCAUUUCUUUUGGAAGGAUUCAAAUUUGACUUGCGCAUAUAUGUUUUGAUGACCUCAUGUGACCCCUUGCGAGUGUUUCUUUUUAAUGAUGGGCUUGUGAGAUUAAGCACGGAAAAAUAUUCAGCACCGUCGGAUACCAAUGUGGACCAAUUGUACAUGCACUUGACCAACUACUCCAUAAACAAAAGAAGUGAGAACUUUGAACGUGAUGAAGAUGUGACCAAAGGUAGCAAGAGGUCAAUUCAGUACUUCAAUGAAUACCUAAAAAGGAAUGAUUAUGAUGUUGCUGCCAUCUGGAAGAAUAUUGCUGAUGUGAUAAACAAGACAUUGGUUGUAGCCGAACCACAUGUCCUGCAUGCAUACAGGAUGUGUAGGCCUGGAACAUCAGGCAAUGAUAGUGUGUGCUUCGAAGUCCUUGGAUUUGAUAUAUUUCUUGAUAAGUCACUCAAACCGUGGUUAUUAGAGAUUAAUAGAGCGCCAAGCUUUGGUACAGAUGAAAAGAUUGAUCUUGAGAUUAAAAGUGGUUUGCUGUAUGACGCCCUCAAACUGAUCAACAUGCGACCGUCCGAUAAACGGAAAGGAAUGGCAGCUCAAAAGGCGGAGUCGCGUCGUAGACUAUUUAGGCCAAGCAAGAGAUUGGAUUUAGAUCUAACGGAGCCUGAUCGUAAAAAAUUGGUCUUGGAUAGAAGGAAAGAAGAACUGAAAGAAAAGCUAAUUCACAUCCGGCAGGAAAAUGCCAGGGAAGAUUUUGAGAAUCGAAAUAUGGGAAGGUACCAACGCAUCUUUCCACCUCAGGAUAAGAGCUCGCGGGAUCGGUAUCGAAAGUUGAUCAGUGAUGCGUUUAACAUUUUCCUGGCGGGACGUGCUAACUCCCUUCAAAAGGAAAUCGCAAAACUACUCAGUGGAUCUCUCAGGGAGGAUGAGAUUAUUGAUAUGUUACAGGCUUGCGAUAUUGAAAAUGAUGGAAAACAAAAGGCAUUUAAAGGCCCUAAGCCGUUGUCAUCCAUGCCAUCAGUUGUUGAUGAGGUCACUGAAUCUGAUUCUCGUGCAUCCUCACCGACAUCCUCCUCUCCACACAACUCUGUGUCAAAUUUCAAAACCAGGCUUUCCGUUAGCCAGUCUCAGAGUCAGUUGAGCAAAGGUAUAUCAAAGACACCCAUCCCUAAACGACCACAAUCUGCACAGAAAUCAACCAACUCAAGGCCUCAUUCUGGAAGGCUGUUGUACGCAGAUCAAAGGUCAAAGUCAGUGGCCCGUACUAGCGAAUCACAGCAUGCUUCAUUUGAUAGUGAAAUGGAUGAGGUAACAUCUGUUGUGGUCAGGGAAGAAGAGAUGAUGCGAAAGACACUAAUGGCACUCAACGACAUGCGAAUAAAAUUUCCGGGAAAAACAGAUGAAGAAGCCGAUAUCAUUCUGAACCAGAUUCAAGAAAACUGGAAAUACCAUAAACCUCGGAUAGCCUCCUACUGGUUGGUAAAGCUUGAUUCCAUAAAGCGUAGAAAAGUAAUUGACAUCGUUAAAUCAAAUGUGCGUGCAGUCCUUCAACGAACAUGGCGUUGUCCAGACGUUGAAUGCUUGAAAUUGUGGCGCAUAUUUUACCGGCUUUUCAAUCGUCUUCUUUGGAGUCAUGGGCAAGGUCUAUGGAACUGCUUCUCAUCUAAUACAAGUUGCUCUUGGGAUGCUAUUUUCAAUAAGAACAAAGAGGCUGUGUCUGGUGCUGAAUUCAUGUGCUGUCAGCGGGUCAUUGAACUUUGUCGUCAGUGCUUACUCAUUGUUUAUCAGUUUGCGGCAGAAGCUAAGUUAUCCAUACCGGCAGCAUCGGGCGAAAGCUCGCCAACGAAGCAACUGUCUACACGGUCAUCAAAUCCCAGGCCGUCACCAUGGUUACAUUCAAGUCCACACAAGGCUAUGACCCCAGUCAGCCAACGGAUGUCACGUUUAUACCUGAACAAGUCGCUGGAUAAUCUAGCACCAUGAUUCGUCAUAAUAGUGUGCUUCAGAGUUUUGAGUUUUAGACAACAGUAUUGAAAAAC